AUGAUAGACGCCCUGUACAUUUUCUUCAUAAAUGGGCAGUUGCUAAUACAGCGAAACUACCGAAAUGUUACGAGAAAAAAUGACCUGAACCAAUACAUAAACAAAUAUAUAAAAACGAAGAGAUUUUUCGAGCACCCAAUAGUCGAAAUAAACAAUGUGUUUUUCCUAAACGUAAGCAUAAACGAAAUUGUUAUAACGGUUCUGACGAGGAGCAAUUCGAACAUCUGCCUGAUCUUCAACUUUAUAUAUAAAUUUAUAGAAAUAUUAAAUUACUUUCUUAACAAGGAAAUUUCGGGAAUAAAUAUAGUAAACAACUUUGUGUUGAUUUACGAAAUAUGUGAUGAAAUAAUUGACUAUGGAUAUCCACAAACGUUAGAAGUAAAUAUUUUAAAGAAUAGCCUACUGAAUAAGGUAAAAUAUUACAGUAGGACAUCUAAAUAUUUUCAAAAGGUGUCAAAUGAGCUACGAAAUCCCAACUGUGUGAUAGAAGAUAUUGUACAUGACACGAAUAUACAAAACCAGAAUGAAGGACUGCAUAUGAAAUAUUAUAAUGGAAAUAGUAAAGAUUUGUAUAAAAAGGGUAGUGUAAAAAAUUCCAAUAGUUAUGAAUUAAAUGAAAAAAAUAAACUAAAAUAUAUAGGCAAGGAAACACUGAACCGAAUUAAAAAUAGAAUAAUUAACAAUAGUAAACCACCGAAUAAUUUUAAUUACAUAACGGGCAAUUGCACAUGGAGAAACAACAACAUUUAUUAUAAAAGAAAUGAAAUAUACAUUGACAUACAGGAAAUUCUCAAUGUCACAAUAAAUAGCAACAAUUUAAUAUAUGCCCACAUCAAUGGAAAGGUCACCCUGAAAUGCUUCCUCUCAGGGAUGCCUAUAUGUGAAUUGAGUACAAACAAUAAGAUUAACCUUCUUAACAAUGCCACUAACGCCUCUACUGGGAAUAAUAACGCCAAUAAUGCGACUUCCGCGAAUAAUAGCUCGAAAAAUGCCGCAAAGGGAAAAUCCAGUCAAAGCAAUAGCAAGAAGAAAAGCAUAAGUGAAGAAAAGGAAACUGAGGAUAUCAUUAUCGACAAUUGCAUUUUUCACCAUUGUGUGACGCUCUCCAAAUAUGAAAAUACAAAACUCAUUACCUUCACCCCCCCGGAUGGUACAUUUGAACUGAUGAAAUAUACUAUUACCAAAAAUAUACAGAUACCCUUUCAUAUUAUAGCUAUAUACAACCCCAUACUGCAGUACUCUAAGUCGAUGGAGAAAAAAUUUUCUCUCAAAAAACUCACAACUAAUAGUAAAAGCAAUUAUGGGGACUAUAAAAAUACAAACAGGUAUGAAUACGCCGUUACCAUUAAAUCAAAUUAUUUGGGCAGUUUGUAUGCCACGGACGUUGUGAUAAAAAUUCCUAUUUAUAAAUUUUCUGAAAAUGUGGAAGUGAAAUAUAAAUCGAUUGGAAAAACUGAAUUCAACAACAUUGAGGGUGUCGUCACCUGGAGAAUUAAAAAAUUUCACAGCUCAAGUGAACAUAGCAUUAGGAUAUAUUUAACACUUGAAAAUCAAAACCAAAUUUACUCCAACAUGAACAACACACAAAAGGUGGACGACCUGUCCAAGGUUGUUUUACAAGUGCACAAAGUUAAAAAUAUGAAUACAGUUAAGUUUUUAAAUACCUACAAAAUGCCCAUCACACUAAGUUUUAAAAUCCCCAUGUUUACUUCCAGUGGCGUAUAUAUCAAAUACCUUAAAGUUUUCGAAAAAUCCAAUUAUAAAAUUAUUAAGUGGAUUAAAUACUUAACCGAGUCUGGUAUAUACCAGUACAAGUGA